AUGAACCCGAGCGCCCCCAGCUACCCGAUGGCCUCGCUGUAUGUGGGGGACCUGCACCCGGACGUGACGGAGGCAAUGCUGUACGAGAAGUUCAGUCCGGCCGGACCCAUCCUCUCCAUUCGCGUCUGCAGGGACAUGAUCACUCGCCGCUCCCUGGGUUACGCUUACGUCAACUUCCAGCAGCCGGCCGAUGCGGAGCGUGCUUUGGAUACCAUGAACUUUGAUGUCAUUAAAGGCAAGCCAGUGCGUAUUAUGUGGUCCCAACGUGAUCCAUCGCUCCGUAAAAGUGGAGUCGGCAAUAUUUUCAUCAAAAACUUGGACAAAUCUAUUGAUAACAAA